AUGAUAGGCCCUCACGCCUUGUCGUGUCUCCUCCUCCUGCCACUGGGUGCCUGCUUUCCUCUGCUGGACAGAGAAGAGCCCAUGGCCACCGUGCAAGGUGUCAGAGGUGGAAUGAGCUGGGCCGACCUGCCCGGGGGACACCGCGUCCCCCUCCCCCGGGGCUCCUCGCGGUGGCCGAGAGCCCCACAACCUCAUGGCCUGCUUGUCAUGGCCAAGGAGCUGCAGACGUCGGGCCAACAGCGCGCUGGCUUCAGGUUCCGGUUCGGGAGGCAGGAUGAUGGCAGCGAGGCUACUGGCUUCCUCCCCGCGGAUGGUGAGAAGGCCAGCAGCCCGUUAGGGACCCUGGCCGAGGAGCUCAGCAGUUAUAGCAGAAAAAAAGGUGGCUUCAGCUUCCGCUUCGGCCGGCGGUGA